AUGGCGGCCGACGCAAAGACUCUUUUCGGAAAGUACGCGCUAAGCAAGCUGAACGGAAAGGGCGCCGAAAAGGGCGAGUGGGAUGUUCCCUCUCUGACGCUGGAGGCGGACGGAGAUAAAGUGCGGGUUCAUGCGAAGGUGGCCAACACAAUGAACGGCACCCUGAGGUACGAAAACGGCAGACUUACUGGGAUGCUCAUGUCGACUAGGAUGAUGGGGCCACCGUUCCAUAUGGACGUGGAGCGUGCCCUUGGCGCCGGAUUCGAACAGGGGAUGCGCGUCUCGCGCGAGGGUGAUACGCUGACCCUCUCCCACGACAAGGACACCCUGGUGUUUGUCGUGGACAGCAGUGCCGCCGCGUAA